GCAGGGCGAACCAGCGUGCCCUCAUUAAAAUGAAUACGGCCGAAAGCCUUUUAUCCUCGUGGGAAAUAAACCGAGCGCGCGAGUCAAAUUCACUUUGCCGCACCACCCACAGGAGGAGCGCGCGCCCAAUUGAAUCAACGCUCGCCGCUGCUUUUGGAAGCGACGUUCACUUGAGUCCCCGUGGGUACACCGCUCAUUUCUCUCUGUCUUACUCUAUAUACCCACUAGUCCACCUCUGAAAGGUACAGACCCCUAAAGAGGAGAAGAAAACGAAGAGAGAAACAGGAGAGACUGCAUUUGGUGCAUGGCAUGAAGACGCGACUGUUGGGGACCCGGUUGAGCAUGGCACAUUAUGCCAGGAUCUGAACUGAAACGGGGACCAGGUUUGGGCUUUUAGAUAUGGGUGUUAAUAAUAAGAAAUUCUUACGUUUGCUGGAGUAAAGGGUUAGAAAUGUGCUUGAUGUCGUUCGGUGUGACGCUUUGGAUGCGCAAUUCUGGAUGGGAUGAAAUCGCGUAACCGGGGGCCAAAUCUAGGCGCUAAACGUGAGACCACCGAUCUGAGCUCCCCAGAGCUGCGUUAAACCACAUCUUCAGCCGUGCUGAGGGGGCAACCACAGAAAGUUUCGCGAUGGCUCUCGUCAUGGAACCUGUUAGUAAAUGGAGCCCCAGUCAAGUUGUGGACUGGAUGAAAGGUCUGGAUGACUGCUUGCAGCAGUAUAUAAAGAACUUUGAACGGGAGAAGGUAGGAGGUGACCAGCUGCUGAGGAUCACCCAUCAGGAGCUGGAGGAUCUGGGGGUGUCCCGCAUCGGACACCAGGAGCUGAUCCUGGAAGCUGUGGACCUGCUGUGCGCUCUGAACUAUGGGCUGGAGACUGAAAACCUGAAAACUCUUUCUCACAAGCUCAAUGCCUCCGCCAAAAACCUGCAGAACUUCAUCACGGGGCGCAGACGCAGCGGCCAUUAUGAUGGCCGGACCACCCGCAAGCUGCCCAACGAUUUCCUCACCUCUGUGGUGGACCUCAUCGCUGCUGCUAAGAGCCUUCUAGCCUGGCUGGAUAGGUGUUACUUCUUUUGCAGGUCACCGUUCGCUGCCGUAACAGAUUAUUCCGUGACCCGGAACAACGUGAUCCAGCUGUGCCUGGAACUCACUACAAUAGUACAGCAGGACUGCACCGUCUAUGAAACUGAAAAUAAGAUCCUCCAUGUGUGUAAGACAUUAUCAGGAGUAUGUGACCACAUCAUCUCACUGUCGUCAGACCCCCUGGUGUCCCAGUCGGCACAUCUGGAGGUGGUUCAGCUGGCUAAUAUUAAACCUACAGAGGGUCUGGGAAUGUACAUCAAAUCCACAUAUGAUGGACUUCAUGUUAUCACAGGAACCACAGAGGGGUCUCCAGCAGAUCGCUGUAAAAAGAUUCACGCAGGUGAUGAGGUCAUCCAGGUGAACCAUCAGACAGUGGUGGGCUGGCAGUUGAAAAACUUGGUAAGCUCUCUGCGUGGGGACCCUGCCGGUGUGACAUUGACCCUGAAAAAGCGUCCCCAGAGCACGCUCACCUCCGCCCCAGCCCUACUAAAGAACAUGAGAUGGAAGCCUCUGGCCCUGCAGCAGCCAGUUGUUCCCAGGAGUCCAACCAGCAGCUCAGCCACGCCCACAAGCACAAUCAGCACACCCUCGAAGCGUGAUAGCUCCGCCCUCCAAGACCUGUAUAUCCCGCCCCCUCCAUCUGAGCCGUACACACCCAGAGAUGAAAAAGCUGGUCUCACAGGUGAGGGGGUACCUGUCGCAAAAGGGUCAGAAUCACCAAACUCAUUCCUAGAUCAAGAGUACAGACGGCGAUUUCCUCUCAUGGAAGAGGAGGCCGUCCUGUACUGCUACGAGUACGACCCCAGCCACGGACCCACAACGUCUCGCCGAGACAGCACACCCACUUACGGUCGUAUGAGGCCCAUCUCUAUGCCUGUGGAGUAUAACUGGGUUCCUGACUACGAGGACCCAGCUAGAAUGAAGAGAGAAGGUCGGAGAGAAAACUCUCUGUUGCGGUAUAUAAGUGAUGAGAAGGCUGCCGAUCUGGCAGGGCGGAGCAUGAAGAGGGACACAGGAAAACGCGGCAAGAAGAAGAGCGAGAAGAGCGGAAGCCCCACCCACUACGCCCUCCUCCCCACCCUCCAAAUGGAGGUGCUCCGGCAGGAAUCCAUGAACACGCCUAACCCAGACUCCACCUCUCUUUACCAUACAUUCCAGGGAUCCUCUCUGCUAUCCAAGACCAAGAAAAAGAGUAAAGCUCCGCUGUCCUCCAUCAGUAAAAGACGAAUCUCCUGUAAGGACCUGGGCCGUGGAGAUUGUGAGGGCUGGCUGUGGAAGAAGAAGGAUGCUAAGAGCUAUUUCUCACAGAAAUGGAAGAAGUACUGGUUUGUUUUGAAGGACGCCUGCUUAUACUGGUACAUGAACGAGGAGGAUGAGAAGGCCGAAGGGUUUGUUAGUCUCCCCGAGUUCAAGAUUGACAGAGCCAGUGAAUGUCGCAAAAAAUAUGCGUUUAAAGCGUGCCAUCCCAAAAUCAAGAGCUUCUACUUUGCAGCGGACGGCGUGGAUGAUAUGAACAGAUGGUUGAGUCGUCUCAACAUGGCAGCCGCCGGCUAUGCAGAAAGAGAGCGAAUCCGUCAGGAACAGGCAGACUACUGGAGUGAAAGUGAACACGAAGACAAUGAGACGCCCUCGACGCCCAAGCAAGACAGCCCACCACCUCCUUAUGACACGUACCCACGGCCACCCUCAAACCAGGUGAGUUGUGCCAGUCCUUACCUAGAACCAAAGCACGGCCGCCUCUCGUCCACAGAAACUUCACAGUCUCGCUCCUCUCAUGAGGAGUACCGCUCCGAACCUCAAGGGGGCAGCAGCAGCGGAGGAGGUUCCCCUGCACGGAAGUCCGCCAGCCAGCGCCGUUCAUGGCAGGACCUGAUUGAAACCCCUCUGACCAGCUCGGGCCUCCACUACCUGCAGACCCUGCCUCUAGAAGAUGCUGUGUUCUGUGAGCCGGGGGCAGGUCUGUCUCCAGAAUAUCGCCGCCAAUCGACUCUGCCUGCCCAACGCACACUGAUGCAGGAACAUUACGGUCCCUUCCCCAUUCUUGAAGGGGAGAGGCUCAGAGACCCUGCUAACACAGCUGGGAAACCCCGCAGCUUCACCUUGCCUCGGGAUAGCGGCCUGCAUGCCCUCCUCACACCCUCCUCCAGCAUGGCAGAACAACAGCGGGACCCCAGCCGCAGAGAGCUCAGCCGAUCUCACUGCAUCAAUAAUGGCGGGGAGCCGGAGUGCCAUCGGCAGGCGGAUUCGCUUGGUGAUUUGUACCGGGCUCUGGAGCGUGCCAGUCUGUCGCCCAUUGGUGAGCACCGCCUUUCCACCCGUCUGGAGUACAAACACCUUUUCAUUCGGCGUUGCAACGAUCCACAGCUAAAUGACAAACUGCAUCAUCUCCGCAUCCUGCAGAGCACGCUAAAGGACAGGGAGGGCGAGGUAGCACUGAUUGACAAGCUGCUGGCCAAUCCUAAGCUCACGUCCUCAGAGUUCCAGGAAUGGAAGAAAGUUUACAUGGAGCUGUUUUCAGGAGAGCCCCAGCGGGACCGUCAGCCCAGCCCCGCCUCCGAGCCCAGCCCUGCCACCACGCCUGAACCCGCCCCCCGCACGCCCUCCCUCUCGCACACGCACUCCUACAUCGAGACUCACGUCUGAUGCACACUUCAGACACAAAAAUACCGGCACAUUAUUUGAAGUAGUUGUCGCUCACUUCCACGGACCUUAGAGUGGACGUUCAAGGUGAAGUAUGGGGUGAAUUGGUGUUUAUGGACUAAUAAUCUGACAUUUUAAUUAUGUGGCUGUGAGGGAUAUAUGUACAGAAUUAACAUUUAGGGAUAUAAUGAUGCACUGAUGCAUGAUUUUGGAAUUAAAAAUGCAGUUACAUUAUUUAGUAAUUAAUAUAAAAUUACCCAGAGGCUGUCUCAGAUUAUAUGCAAAUUAAAACAGUUACAUGCUGUCAAGUUUGACUUUCGUUUGUAUCUUUUUAAGUAAUGUAAUACAAGUCGAUUUUUUGUUUUUGCUCUAUAUAUAUAGAAUAUCUGAUGAUAUAUAUAUAUAUAUAUAUAUAUAUAUUUGACAUUUUCUAGGUAUUUUAGUACCAAGUUUGUUUUUUUUUAAAGAUUUUUACUUUCAAUUUUAAUGUAUAAUUCCAUAUUUGAUCAGCCAUCUUUUGACACUAAUAAUUUAAUAACAUUGUUAAAUGUAAGCUCGAAUGAAUAUCGAUUUUUCAUAUUGUACAUUAUUUUGUGAUGCCUAAAUUCACAUUAAAAGUGUAUUUUAUACUAUUGAUUUUAGUUUUUAGUGUUUUUUUAUUAUUAUUUAUUUAGAGAAAGUGCAUAGAGUUUUAAUUUUGGGCAUGAAAAUAUUGUAUCAGCCAUAAUUUUACUAUCUAUAUAUUCUUACACCAAGGUCCCCAACAGUCCAAAUUCUACUGUACUUUUAUCCCUCACAGUCUCGUUUUCAUUCACGUCAAAUUUGAUACGGCAUCUACCCUGAUUAAGGUCCUUAAACACAAAUUCUCUUUUUGCUUUUCCUUGUACUUCACAUCCUGACAGCAAUCGCAGACUCAAUCUACUUGUGCUUUUUAAAUACUUGAAAAACAUUGUUUACGCAGGCACAGAUAUCUGUACAAAGCACUCUUAAUGGCUCGACUCACAACCCACAGGCUUCAGAGUAUGCCACUUCUGCACACGGGGUUGCCAUGGUUACGGGUCCUCCAAGCGGCUCAGACAAGGAGAGACAAUGCCGUCGCACCGAGAACAAACCUGGCACACCUCUAGACAGGAAGCAGAGGUAGAACCAGAGCACUUGAACUUGGAAAUGGAAGCUUCGGACUGAACUCUGAGAGGAAAUGCAUGUCUGAGGCGGCCUUUGAACACUAAACACACUGACUGUCACUCUGUUGUGCUGCUGUACCUUUGUUUGGCUGUCUUUUUGAAGCAAAUCUCUCGGUGGACUCGCAGACGGUCAUCACACAAGUUAUCUGCCAUGUUUAUAUGCCACUUUAGCAUACCAUAUACUCUACUGUAUCAUACUAUAUAUUUAUGAUCUGCUGUUAUACAUCGGCUGGCCCCGACUUAUAGCAUUUGUACAUUUGUGUUGGAAGGUGUGUGGGUGUGCAUGAACAUGGAAAACUAAUGUGGUUGCCUCAUCUCACCACAAUCUCCGCAGGGUGUUUGGAUGUACCAAGAAAAGGCAUUUAAAGGAAUAUUCCUGGUUCAAAAUCAGUUCAUUUCUAUUCACAGCUUCUGUGGUUUGGUGUUAGUUACCACAGUCAGUAAUUUUGACUCUUAAUGGAAGGCAAUGGAGCGUUUUCAAGCAGAAAUGUGCAGCUUGGAUUCUUGUAAAGGUGCUUAUAUUAUUUCUUCCAUACAAAAAAAUGUGUCUAUAAAGUUGUUUAAGUAAACCUUGUGAGACUUUUCUAGGAGCACAUCUUCUGGUAAUUCCUGAGGGUGAGUUUGGCUCUGUGUAAACAAACCCUUUUUUUCCUGUACUUACACUUAUCUUAGAAAAGUUACAAGGUUUACAGGCUUCACACAGUCAAGAGUUAAGACUGGAUAUGACAAGGUCAUAUGCACAGACAAGGUUAGUAAAGCAUUCUUUCAUUUUUCAGCUGUAGUUGUUUGUGAAAUGUUAUUAUUAAGGGUUCAAGUGCAAAGCGCUGAAAUGCUAUUGCAUUCUCCCCUAAAAGUGAUCGGGCAGACCAAACCGUAAGAGUGAAGAGACUUAAAACUUUGAGGGCUGGUAGUACUCACACAGUCUACAAGGUCACUAAGGCUCGCCCCGAUUGGCCUGACGGGGCGUUAGGCAUAGGCUCAAGUGUCUUAUAUCAUUCGAAAAUGGACAAUGCAUGUGGAUUCAAGUGUUGCGAUUCAGUUAUUGUUGGAUAUUUUGGAUUUUUUGAAAAACCUUCUUUUGCAAACUAGUCCUGGGUUUUUGGCCCGAUCGGAACCAAACCUGCGCAGCAAAAUUCUCUAGAGUCUGAUUGUCAAUAAUUAUCAAAAAAAAGUUGAAAUUUCGAUUCACGGUCUCUAAGGGCCACCAAAAUGGAGCCACUUUUACUAAAAUGGCUAUAACUCAUGAAUAGAAUCAGAUAUUUUCACCAACUUUGGCAAACAUAUGUAAGAACUCAUUCUGUCGUCACGUGAAAAGGACACGGUGCCUAGCCACUUGGUGGCGCUAUAACAUUGAAAAAACUUUAAAAUGGCUAUAACUACGCAACCCUAAGUCUGAUUGACUUGAAAAUUGGUAUGCUGUGUCUUUGUCCAAGACUGCCUUUGAAGACAUUCGUGUAUCUCGAAAAACGUGGCUGGCAGCAGCCAAUGAAGUUUGAGCAGCUUUAUCAGACAGGGUUAACGGAGGCCGAACAGAACAAAACUCACUGGGCCUGUUUUACUCAAGGCCCUAAAGGGCUCAUUCUGAGCAACUUUGCCUCUAGGACCACCUCUGUCCAUCGAAUUGUUCAUUAAAUAUUGGAGAUUAUUUCAAAAACCAACUUUCACAUGGCACUUUUCCUGCCUGAUUUACAUAGAACUUAAUGAAAUUGGGUGUGCACAUGCGUCACAUGAUUCUAAAGAAGCAUGGAAACUUUUAUGGACAUUGAGCCAUAAAAUAGCUGGUGUUUUAAGUGUUACAAAGGUGGAAAAAAAGCUUAAAAAAAAAUGUAUUUUCUUAGUAAACUAGUAAACUUAGUACAUUGUCUUUUCCAUCUAUGAGAUUACAUUCUUGCUAAAUAAAACAUAAUACUUUUUUACAUGUAUGCUUAAAGGCCUUAAAGCGCAUGAACCCCGAUAAUUGCUGCUCGCAGCUAUAUUUAUUAUUAAUAUUAUUAGGGAUGCAUAGUCUAAUUGGUACUAUAUUAUAAUUUUUUUGAUUUAUUAUAUCACAUAUACACAUCAGCCAAUAUUAGAUAUUUAAUUGUACAAUAUGUUGUGAUGCUUAAAUUCAAACUUAUUAUAAUUAUUAAAAAUUAUUAUUACGUUAGUCUCAUGUUAACAUAAUGUUAUCCUGUGGAUCUAUGAGUUUUUGAUAUUUUAAACAAUAUUUUUAACAUUUAUUGUGGUCCACUGCCUUGUCCCAAUCGGAAAAGAGUCAAAAUAAUUGAAUGUAGUAACUGACAGAAUGCCAAAAAUGCUGUAAAUAGCGUUCAGCUUGUUUUGAACCUGGAAUAUUUCUGUGCCUGUGCUGUGAACGCUUCUUGACAGAGAGUAACGCCUUGCCAAACUGGGCCUCUGAUAACGGAUGAGCAUUCGGUGAAGUGUGUGGGCUUUGAUUGGUAGAAAAUUGCACAGGCUUCAUUAUCCAGAAGCAGCAUUAUCUCUGUAACUUGAUUGUGGAAGUUCUCUCUUCACUUCAGUUUCCUGAUAUUAUGAGGUGAAAUCAUGUGUCUCUGCGCAAAUGAGAGUUCAUAAUCAAAAACAGAUUUACACACGAUGCUCCAAGCAAAAAUUUGCACCCUUAAGUGAGCAGAGACAGUACUGACAAGUGAUUGUGUAACCGUGCAGAAGGACGUUUUAUGGACUUUUUAGUAUUGUAUACCUCUGUUUGGAUUCAAGUUUUCCAUUUCUUCAAGCUGCCAUGCAGUCGUUCUCUGCAGUGCUGCUAGUUUAGGGACAUUUGUGUCAAGCAACAGUGAGUUUUUAUGACAGCCAAGAUCACCACGACACAUCGCUGGUCUCAGCCCAGGGACUUGCCGCACGGCUCGGCCGAUCAAAGCUGUUGCCCUGAACUCACCCCAGCAUCUGUCAGAAGCAGCAACUCAACUCCUGAUAUUAUGUGUAUGUCAAAGUUCAGGAGGUCAUCCAUCUUUAUAAACUCUCAGAGCAAAACAUCUCUUGCUAUACGGCUUGUAGAUACACCACAAUCACAUUUGGGGUUUUUCUGUUGUUGUUUUUUUUCUAAACCGAAGCUGCCAAAUGAUUUAAUGUCAGUGUUUCAACUGUCAGAAAGGCCGUGCAAGAAGCACUCAGGCGCUCAGCAAAUACAAAGACGCUUUAUGUGAGAUUUUUAAGAACACACUGAAUGUUCAAAAGAGAGUUUAUUGUAUAAGAUGUGUAUUAUAUGAUGUACAUGGAUAUUUCAGGUAUGACUCUGAUGACAUAAUGGAGCACAUUUCAUUCUGUAUGUAAACUAAGACAAUACUAGUUUGAUUUUGAUUGAGUGACUCAGGUGCUAAUGUGUCCAUGGGAAUCAUGGGAAUCCAUUAGCUCUUAGAGAAAGUGAUUACCAGUGGAUAUAGAGGUACCAGAAUGGAUGUCUAUUGGUAUUUUACUUUAGUAAUAUAUCAAAGUUAUUAUUAAUUUAGUGCAAAUCAUGUUAUGUUUCCUUAGCAGCCCAUUUUUUAACGCAAAGUUGUCGUACAACAAUCUAGUUCAUCAAUAUCCGUGCUGCUGCCUGUCUUUAUUAUGAAUAGGGCAUGUAAUUUAGGCAGUGCAGUUUCCAAUGUGUUGUGUUUAGCGUACAACCUGGUAAAGUUUACUUUAUUUAUUACAUUAUUUAAAAAGAGAGUUAUUGCUUUAUCCAGAUUUAAGUGUGGUUAUACCUAGAGUCAAUAAACUUUUAUGGAUGUAAUCAUGCUA